GGUGUGGCCGUCAUGAUGGUGAGCAGAAUCCACUGUGGACAUGUAUAACUUUAUUUUAUACUCAGCUCAGAGCGAGCGAAUACAUUAUACACAAUUGUCCGCCUAGCCCCGCCCACCUCUCGUGCUCACCAUCAUGGCGGACUUUCUCCUCCAUAGCUGACUACGCUCUGUUCCACUCAUUUGCGAGUGUUCGUCACUCCGAUUUUAACUCUACACUCCUUGGCUGUAACGACGAAAUGUGUGAGGCGCGCUGGCCAGCAGCUCAAGGAGGACCCUGAAGCUUAACUUGGACGAUUGGAUCAUUGCUAAUCGAACAACAACAACAGCAGCAGCAACAACAACAACCCGAGCCGGCUGCCAUAGUGCGACGUGAAAUUAAUUCAUGAAGCGCCUCAGAGACUGUAGUCAUGAGGAAGCGUCCCAGCAAAAUGGCACUCCAGACCACAGGAGUGAAGACCGAGAGCAGAGCAAUGGGGCAUCCUCUGUCGGGUCGGUGGACCUCCAAGAUGGCGACAAUGACACGGGCUUCAGGAGGGAAAUAAGGAGCAAGUACAGAGACCUCAUCGAUUUAGUCCAGCGAAAUAGAGAAGAUAUACUGAGCCCCUUCAAUAAUAAACUUACAGAGGUUUUGGACGAGGCAGAUACACUUUUUGAAAAUGUGCGGCAAACAAGAGAGGCGGCGCUGGAUUCUAAAUUCCUUGUUGUGGCCACAGACCUGGGGCAGGAGAAGGCCUGCCAGCUGGUUGCUGAGGGCACCGCUUUUGACCCCGCUGCUUUUGCUGAGCAUCUGCUGUCCUUCAUGGGUCUCAACCGGCUGGAAAAUGGGAAUGAAGAGCAGGAACGAGAUCAAGUCGAAGGCUACCUGCCCAGCGACGCCUGGCACCGAUUGGCCCAGAGAGCGGAGAGCUGUUUUAGCACGGCGCCCACCUUCCACUACAUGAUGGGUUCAUUCCAUGCGGAACCACCGCCUCCAAAGCAAAGGAUAGAACGACAAAGGAAGGCACCCGGUGCGGAAGCUAAAAGGAUCAUGCCCACUCAGCUGAAAAGAUUGGAAGAGUCCCAUCAAGAGGCCACAGAGAAAGAGGUGGAAAGGAUCCUGGCCUGCUUGAAGAGUUACCAUCAAGAUGACCCAUCAUUGCCAAUAUCAUAUUACGAGUUUGUUAUUGACCCCAACUCAUUUUCACGGACAGUGGAAAACAUUUUCCACACGUCUUUUCUCAUCAGGGAUGGUUUGGCACAGAUGUGUCUGGAUAGUUACAAGUUGCCUUGUAUAGCUCCUGUGGAAGAGGUGGAGAUGGAAGCUGGAAGAUCAGGCAGACAAAAUCAGUGCAUUAUUUCUAUCAGUCCAAGGUCAUGGAAGGAGCUUGUAGACGCCUUCGACAUCACUGAAGCCAUGAUUCCGCCUCAAAACACACAGACUCAGUGACUGGCCAAUCAAUUUGCACAAGGAAAUUAACAUUUUUUUAGGUAUCUUACUUUUUUAACCUUUUUUGAAAUAAUACAAAUGUAAAGGGUAACAAGGUUAUUUUAAAGGGAUAGUUUGGUUUUUUUUAAGUUGUCAUCAGGAGUGUAGCCCCCUGGUCGUAUUUCGGUAAUGAGGAACAUAGUUCCACUUAGUUGGUGAAGUCACUUAAGUAAAGAGUUUGGCUUCUCAAAACAAUAUGCUUUCAAAAGAGCAAUACAUUUGCAUCACAGAAAUGCCUCCUCGAAAAAAUCUGACCUCACAAUCGCUCGGUGUUACUUUCUCUCCCGUCGUAUCACUGCUCAGUUCAUUGUUGUGUGUGUGUGUGUGUGUGUGUGUGUGUGUGUGUGUA